GUCAUUGUUAGAUUAUUUUGAUUCUGUUUUCUUUUUGCGACUUUGGGGUGUCGCUUUUGGUUCUUUGUUUGCUUUCGAGGAAUGGGUGGAUGGUAAUGUGAUGUUGAUUCUUGAAACCAACUAGUAUUAAACUGACAGCCUGUGUGUUCAAUUGGGGUUUUCUUGCAUUAGACUUGUUUGCUAAUCAAGACAUAAACUUGGUUUAGUUUUCUUGUUCUUGAUGAUCCUUCCUUGCCUAUUAGGAAACUGAAGCAUGUGAGCUUUUGGCUCCAUUUUGGUGAAGCAUCCUGUAAGAGGUUUUCCUGUUUUGUGUGUCUCUGAGGAUUUUGAUCCUAGAGUUAAUUCAGCAUCACUACUUGUAAUUAGAAGUUGGAGCCAACUGUAGCUGUAAAGUUGCUCUUCCUGAGCAGAGGACUCUAAUAUGAGCUCUUCAUCUACUCAACUUUCUGCCUUGAGGGGUAUGGGCAUUUAUGAGCCAUUCCACCAGAUUAGCUCAUGGGGAGACACUUUCAGAGGCAAUGAUAACCUAAAUAUUGGUCCAUCCACAAUCAUGCAGGUGGAUGAUGGGCUAAACAAGGGUGAAUAUGUUUCUCAAGAAUCAAUGGAACCUUCUAGAAGUGAUCAAGAAGCAAACAGACCUGCUGAUAAGGUGCAGAGACGUUUGGCACAAAAUCGUGAAGCUGCUCGCAAAAGUCGCAUGCGGAAAAAGGCCUACGUUCAACAACUAGAAUCUAGCCGCGUGAAGUUGGUGCAGCUGGAGCAGGAACUUGAGAGAGCUCGUCAACAGGGUUUGUUUGUGGGCAGCGUACCAGAUGCAACUCAUUUAUUGCCUGGAAAUAUAAAUUCAGGAAUUACUACAUUUGAAAUAGAGUAUGGACACUGGGUUGAGGAGCAACAUAAACAUGUUUCUGAACUUAGGAAUGCAUUACAAGCUCACAUCACCGAUAUAGAGCUUCGGAUACUUGUGGAAAAUGGCUUGAACCACUACAACAAUCUUUUCCGCAUGAAAGCAGACGCUGCAAAGGCUGAUGUCUUCUAUUUGAUUUCUGGCAAGUGGAGAACAUCAGUAGAGCGCUUUUUUCAAUGGAUCGGGGGAUUCCGUCCCUCAGAGCUUCUAAAUGUUCUGAUGUCACAGUUGGAGCCUUUGACUGAUCAACAAAUGGUGGAUGUCUGUAACCUUCGGCAAUCUUCUCAGCAAGCUGAAGAUGCUCUGUCACAAGGAAUUGAUAAACUCCAGCAGACUCUGGCCCAUAGUAUAGCAGCGGAUAUAACAAGUGGUGGAAGUUACAGGGCUCAGAUGGCUGCUGCAAUAGAAAAGUUGGAAGCACUCGAGGGCUUUGUGAACCAGGCAGAUCACUUGCGCCAACAAACUUUACAACAAAUGUCUCGGAUUCUAACGACCCGCCAAGCAGCUCGAGGAUUACUUGCUCUGGGAGAAUACUUCCACCGUCUUCGUGCUCUAAGUUCGCUAUGGGCUGCCCGUCCUCGUGAACCUGCCUAGACUAGGAAAUGGAAGAACCACAAUAUUUAGGUUAAUUUACCACUAGCAUUCAUGCCUUGGCUGCCAAGAAUAGAACGUACGUGGAUUUUGUUACAUAUAUAUAUAUAUUUAUAUAUAUGAGAGUACUUUUUCUUGAUCUACCUCUGUCUUCCAUAGCAGCUUGUUAACUCGACAGGUGUAAAUAUGAACCUAAAUUAUGUGUGAGCAGAAGCAAAGAAAUCAGUUAAUGAAGUUGAUGUUCAAUGAGAUAUAUUGUAAUUUUGGCA